CAUUUUAACAAAAGUACUGUCAACACUGAAGCGGGUUUGUUUCGAAGCGAUCCCUUUCUUGUCUUCCACGCCUAGUGUGUUUCAAAACAAUACUUUGAUAUGAGUGAAGCGUAUCCAUCUACGGGUCAGUCUGAAGCAGCACAACUUCUAGCCACUUUCUGGCCGAGGCAGAUGCAAGAAAUCAGAAAUAUGAAUACAAAUGAUUUCAAGGUUCAAGAACUACCAUUAGCAAGAAUCAAGAAGAUUAUGAAGCAAGAUGAGGAAGUUAAAAUGAUCAGUGCAGAGGCUCCUGUUUUAUUUGCAAAAGCAGCUCAGAUUUUUAUUAAUGAGUUGUCACUCAGAGCUUGGAUUCACACAGAAGACAACAAGAGAAGAACUCUCCAGAGAAAUGACAUUGCUAUGGCAAUUACCAAGUUUGAUCAGUUUGAUUUUCUCAUUGAUAUUGUGCCAAGAGAUGAGCUCAAGCCUCCUAAGCGACAGGAUCCAAUUCGUCAGACUGUGGUUGCUCCAGAUCAAGUUCAGUACUACUUCCACCUUGCCCAACAUCAUGCAGUUUCAAUGCAACAGCAGCAACAACAGCCCCAGCAAGGACAGCAGGCACCACAAGCACAACAGCCACAACAACAGAUAGCAACACAAGUGCAACAACAGCAAGUGGCAGCCAGCACCCAGCCUCAGACUAUUAUAACUGGUGUGCCAGCACAGCAAAUUGUCACCAUGGCACCAGGACAAGCUCAGAUGAUACAGAACCAGCCACAAGAACAAACUGAAGUUCAGUAUCCUCUCCAUUUCAACUCUGCUCAAAUGCAGUACAUCCGCAUGCAGCAGAUUCAGCAACUUCAACAACAGCAACAACAACAACAGCAGGCGCAAGGCCAACAGCAGGCACAACAACAAACAACCCAACAACAACAGACUGCACAACAACCUGCACAAACAACUGCUGAACAGGCACAACAGCAGGCUCAGCAGCAAGCACAGCAGGCCACAGCUCAACCAACAGAGUUUACAUUCACUUCUGGCGGACAGAUUUACCAAAUUCAACAACAUCCACACACUGGUGUUACUGCUGUAGCUGUAGCCGCGCCACAGGGAACCUAUAUUCAGCAGCAAGGCGCCACAGCAGAACAAGCAUCACUCACUACCGAGGCACAACAACAGCAAUAGGAAGGUUACUGAGCUCGUAAGGAAUCCACUCUAAAGUUAUCAGAAAUGGAACAAUGGAAUACAUUCUGCUCAUGUAAAUAACACCGCUGCUUAACAUUGGCGUGACGAUGUGCUUCUGUUGACUAUCAAAGUGAACUAAUUUAUUUUUGCUGUGAUUACUGCCGCUGGCUACAUUGAUAUUUUAUAAAUAUUUUACACGUGCUGUCACGCAAUCGGAUAGAGUAUAUAACAAGAAAAAGCCAAAAUUCGGAAUGGUUUUUCUUGUUGUCAGAGUCCAGUGACUGGAAAGAAAUCCGUAGAGUUAAAUUUUUUGGGAUCAAUGCUGUCAGUGCUGAGCAACUGCGCACAUACCCCUCCCCCAACCCAACGUUUACCUUAAGUUGUUAUCAGUUGACUGAUGUUGUGUUGGGGGGGGUGGGUGCGCAGUUCCUCAGUUACUGAUACUGAUCCAAAGUUUGCAAGAGAGUAGGAAAAGUGAGUGAAGAUACUUACGUGGAAGAACCGAAGAUGUACAAAGACUGGUUUCCAAAUUAUAUCAGAUAGCAUUUA